CUUUCUCCUUUGUCCUUCAACCUUUUAGACAUGGCUUCCAACAUUUUACGCCGUACCUUGACAACCUCUACAUCUGCAAAGACUCUUAAGAUCGGCUUAUUGCCCGCUGACGGCAUUGGUCGUGAAGUCAUUCCUGCUGCCCAACGUGUUCUCGAGUCUCUUUCUUCCGGCCCCAAGUUCGAGUUUGUUCAUCUUGAUGCUGGAUUCGAGCACUUCCAAAAGACUGGAACUGCUCUUCCUCAAGAAACCAUUGACCAUUUGAAGAACGAGUGCAAUGGUGCUCUUUUCGGUGCUGUCAGCUCGCCAUCCCACAAGGUUGCUGGCUACUCAUCCCCAAUUGUCGCUUUGCGCAAGCACCUUGACCUUUACGCCAACGUUCGCCCUGUCUCAUCUGUCAAGUCCGCUUCCACCCCCAACCAGAAAGAACUUGAUAUGUUGAUCAUUCGUGAAAACACUGAGUGCUUGUACAUCAAAUCAGAGCGUCAGGAAGUCGACCCCAAGACUGGAUUGAAGGUUGCUUGGGCUGAUCGUAAGAUCUCUGAGUAUGCCUCCAAGCGCGUUGGUGCCAUGGCAUUCAACAUGGCCCUUACCCGCGAGAGCCUUCGUCAACAAAAGCCAGAAUCUGAACGUUUCUGGAAGCACAAGCCUCGUGUCACUAUUGUUCACAAGUCUAACGUUCUCAGCGUCACUGAUGGAUUGUGGCGUGAGACCGUUCGUGGUGUCAAGGAGCAAAAUGCUGAGAAAUAUGCUGGUGUUGAUAUGGAGGAGCAAUUGGUUGACUCCAUGGUCUACCGUAUGUUCCGUGAACCUGAGGCCUUCGAUGUCGUAGUUGCUCCUAACUUGUACGGCGAUAUCAUCAGUGAUGGUGCUGCCGCCCUUGUUGGUUCCCUUGGUGUCGUUCCUUCCGCCAACGUUGGUGAUAACUUUGUUAUGGGUGAACCCGUCCAUGGCUCUGCCCCUGAUAUUGCUGGCAAGAACAUCGCCAACCCCGUUGCUGCCAUUCGAUCUGCUGCUCUUCUCUUGGAACAUCUCGGUUACACCAAGGAAGCUCUUCAAGUCUACGGUGCUGUCGAUAAGGUCCUUAGCGAAGCUACCAUCCUCACCCCUGACCUUGGUGGCAAGUCUACCACUAGCGAGGUCACUGAAGCUGUCUUGAAGAACUUGUAAAUUGUCCAUACCAAACAGCAUCUUGUUUUGGGUCGACCCCUAUAGCUUAGCUCGUUCCAUUCAGCAAACCAUUGUAGAAUAAUUUAUCUUUGUAUACAACAAAAUCAAAAAUAUCAUUUCCCGGUUGCUCAUUUACCAAUCAAACAUUGCAUAGGAAGGGCAUUGAGACGUUUUCUGUUUGUGCACGGUUGCCGUGAUGUAGACUGUGUGCAUGCGAAACGCAUAUUAAAUUGAAAAAAUCAGACGGGCAAACAAUUGAGAAGAAUAUGG